AUGAGCCUCGCAAGUCGUGCACAGACUGGGGCCGCCGUGCUCCCCACAGUGACGGCGGCAGCGGACGGGGCCACGCACGAGGAUCCGUGGCCACAGAUUGAGAAACAGGUGGGCGCUAUGCUGGCGGACUUGAAUGCGCAGAUGCAACGCUUUCACAACACCUCUGUGCCCACCGUGAUCGCCGAAAAUGAAUUGCUUGAGUCUGUGGAUAGCUGCAACGAGGCUGUGGAGGACAUGCGCUUCGCCCUUGACACCGCCAUGGAGCACCCGGAGUCGUUUUCGAUCACCGCAGAGGAGCUGCAGAGCCGUGCAGAGCGUAUUCGCGCGUGGGAACGAGAGAUGAUGAAGGCCCAGCAAGUCGCAGAGAAGGUCAGGGCAGCGCAGCGCAAGCGCAUGAUGGCGCAGGACGGCGAUGCCGACGACAACGGGACACGCGAGAACACUGACUUCCUUAGGCAAGAGCGUGACAUUCAACGGCACAUUAUGCAGCAGGACGACCAAACGCUGGACCGACUGUCGAGCGGCAUCCACCGUGUCAGGGACACCGCUGUGAACAUCCAGGAUGAGCUCAAAACCCAAGAGCACAUUCUUGACGACAUUGACCGUGGUAUGACUCGCGUGCAGAUGCGCCUGGAGGGAGCCAUGAAGAAGGUUAGCAAGCUGAUUGAUUCCACCAGCGACAGGGGCAAGAUGAUCUGCAUUGCCGUUCUGUUUGUCAUCCUGGUGAUUUUGACGUUUGUUGUCCUUCGGUAG